AUGAGCGAGAAGGAGAUUGCCGACAAGGUUCGGGGGGUGUUCUCACCCUACCUGGCCCAGCGAUGGCACCGUGCUGCCAAUCUGUGGGAAAGAGUGUCGCAGCGCUGGCAGCCCACCCUGCAGACGCUCCUGCCUCUCGGCGGGCACUCAGAUGGCAACAAGAUCACCCUUUACACUCAUGGAGAUGACGCAUUUGGUGCCAAAUGGGACGCCAUUCAGAAGGCGAAGGAGAAAGUGUGGUGGUCGGCCUACACCGUGGAGCCCGACCGUGUGGGCAAGCGCACGGUGGAGCUGCUCACCCAGGCCAAGCGCCGCGGGUGCGACGUCAUACUGCUCUACGAUUCCAUCGGCUCUCGCAGCGUCGACAACGAGUUCCUCGCCCCCCUGCGUAAGGCCGGCGCCUUGCUCUUCUGGUUCCUGCUUCUGAUGCCCCUGCGCGCAGCAUGUCUCGAGUUCGGCCCCAGUUGGCGGCACGGACCCUUCCGCAAUCAUCAGAAGCUCUUGAUCGUGGACGACCAUGGCUACUGUGGUGGGAUGAACGUCUCCGAAGACUAUGCCGGCCUCAAGACCUUUGGAAAGGAAACGUUUAGCGACACACACAUCAAGAUGGAAGGUCCAGCGGUGAAGGACCUCGAAACUGUGUUCCUCAACUCGUUGAUCGCCAACCAGGAGCACAUACCCAUAGAAGAAAUCGACCGGGUCGAGCAAAUUGUGGAGCGGCGACCAGACCUACCGCCAACCCCGGACGGAGUCUUUGUACAGGUACUCCAGUCCAACAUCCGACGGCAGAGGAAGGACGUGCAGGCCGCUCUGCGGUUAGCUCUUCGAUCAGCCACCGACAGUUGCUACCUCUCGUCGCCAUACUUUCUCCCGCCCAGGAACAUCAAGAGGGCCAUCAUUCGGGCUGCGCGCAACGGUUCCGACGUGCGCAUCAUCACGGCGGGAGACAGCGAUAUACCCUUUAUCCGGGCGGCGCAGCAACAUAUUUAUUCAUCCUUCUUGAAGCGAGGAAUCAAGAUCUAUGAAAUGUGGGACAAGAAGCUCCACGCCAAGAUGGCCAGCAUCGAUGGGAUCUACUCGUAUGUCGGGUCCUUCAACCUCGACGCCUGGAGCAGUCGCAAUCUGGAGGUCAACGUGACCGUUCUCGAUCCGCCACUCGCCCACCAGCUUGAAGAUCGGUUUGAGGAGCUCAUCGCGCGGUCGUGCAAGGAGGUGUCGCUGGACGAAUUGGAGGGUCGCGGGCUCUGGGAAAAGAACUACCACUGGCUGGCCUACCAGUUCUUCACCGUCACCGGUCCGCGCGUGAUAGACGAGGACGACGACGAUGAUGAUGACGAUGACUGA